AACAAAGGACUCCCUUCAGUCUCAGCUGAGCGUCGAGCUGGUUACUACCGUGGUGACUCUUCUGCUCGACUCGGCUGCAUUAUUCCGUGAAAAUCAACGACACCCUUCAAACGAAACACUUUUUCAGUCCACUUAAAUUAGAGAAUAAGGCGUCGAUACAUGUCGGUGCCUACAGACUCGGUGCUUCCUGAGAGACGGACUUUGUUGUAGUCUUCUGUGCCGACUCAAGUGAAUGAAGUAAUACCUGUUAUUUCAAAUUAAUUAGUACAAACUAAUUCCUUACAGAAGAUGGGACAUCUUGUCGAACAGUCAGAGGUGACCGCUAUCGAAACCCAAGUCAGCAAGGUGACCUCAACGACUGUUACGAGUUCGGCGCCCCAUCAGUCUGAACUCCGCCAUCUAACAGUACAGAGUCAGCAGGGACAAGGCGAAGGGCAUCGGCAGCAGCAGCAGGGGCAGCAGCAGCAGCAACAGCAACAACAAGCAGCAGCGGCGGCGGUGGGUGUGGUGGCCGGGAAUCAGGGACGGAAGCCAGAGCGCCUGAUCGCAGAGGAAGCAGCGGGAGACAAACGGGAAAAAAGUGAGGAUGAUGGGCCGGAGGAGGAGGAAAAUGGAUGGUGGGCGGAGAGGGUGGUGGGUGCGCUGGGCGGGCUUGGCGGUGACUAUGGAGACACCUGGUACCGCAGCCACGCCCACCUGCUGCAUGGUGACGGGCCGCUCCCACACACCUGGAGGCUGUACAUCGCUGCCUUAGCUGUAUGUCGACAUGAAGUGGGGUGGCUGAUGCAUGCACUGCUGACAGAUUUUCGUAAUGCUGGCGGAGACAUUCGCUGGAUGGCCGGUGUGCACCUUGCUCCUCCUAAACUUUAUGCUCUCGUUUCCAUCAAUAAUCUUUUGGCUCACAGGCCUUGGCUUCUUCUUCCACAACAUAUUCAGCAACUGACCAAGGGUGAGGAGAGCUGGUCACUUGGGGAGCUGUGCCAGGCUCUGUGCAUCAUGACUCACUUCCAUGCACUCUCCUCUUUCUUGCAUGGCAGUGGUCUUUCCACUCUACCAGUACGCUCUAAAAAAAAUGAAGGUGGGGCAAUGACCCGAGAAGGAGGAAACAGCAGUAAAGGAACGGCAGGGUGCCUCCAGAACCAAAAGGGAUGCCCAGAAAGUAAUGCCAAUGCAAACUGUUCCCGUAAAACAAGAACUGAUAUUAAGAACGCCGUGCCAGUUGGUGGAGUCCAACAUAGGGUUCGCACAUACGCCCACCUAACGCUGAACCCAACUUUAAUGUAUGAAGACUUCAAUGGCAACGAUGAAUCAUGCAUUCCCUCGUUUUCAGUCCAUGAAUAUAACUGGCAGGACCAUGGAUAUGCUAUGUGUUCAAGGUUGUUAGGAGAGGUUGGAGCUUUCUUGGAUGAGCGGUUUACCUCCGCUCUCUCUGCCACCCACACUCUUCCCCAAAAGCAGCUCCCAGGAAAGGCAACAGUCAACCAACAGCCAAGCAAUAUGUCCGAGUCAGCUCAUUGUGAUAAAGCUCCUGCCAAGACCAUGCCAAUCCCAACCAAAGCUCUAUGGAAUUAUGUCCAGUGGCUGUUGGGAAUCCAGCAUGACGACUGUGACUAUGCCCUGCUGAAUAAGCAUUUAGACCCUCAGGUCAAGGCAUUUGUUAAAGCAGCGUGUUGUUACCCAGAAACCCUUGAAGAUGCUGGCUCGAGACCUGCUGCCAUCAGUGGCAUAGUACCUAGCUUGGUGGAAACAAGUGUAGUGGUGAUGGAGGCUCGCCUUCAGUCAGAAUUAUUAUAUGCUCUGAGAGCCAUCAUGCUUCAUCAGUGUUAGGUUGCGCUCAUUUCUCAGCAAAUAAGACAACGCAUGUGUGAUAUUUAUUGAACUUUAAAGGAUUAUUUAUGCUUCAUGUUGCAUCCAGCUUUCAUUAUCAUAUAUUAUCUAUUUGAUAACACUUGUCAUGUAUUGCACACCAGCAGUAUGUACGGCUGCUUGUUUGAAUCUCUUUUUCUUGUGUUGAAUAUUACCUAACAGGAGGAAAACUUAUCAGCAUACAAAUGUAUAUAUAUACACACAGACACACAUGUGUAUGUAUGUAUGUAUGUAUGUAUAUAUGAAUAUAUUAAGCAUUGCAGAAUAUGUAACUAGCAGGUGUUAUGUGUAUUAGCAAUGAAGUAUAAUUUCCAAGUGUUCAUAGCUUUAGGACAUAUGAUAAGAUGAUCCUGUUAUUAAAGGUCUUUGUAGGGGUCAACACAAAACCUUUCGUCUUAAUACACACUGCCUGUAUAUUAGAAGGCCAAUAGCUGUGACUAGACUUUUGACAAGUCGACCCUCCUAGCUGGGAUGUGUAUGUCACCCAGUUACACAAUGGAGAAUGUAGAGAAUGUAUGUUAGCUUCUUUGUGAUCGUAACUUGUUAAGAUAAGGGUUCUGUGUAAAGGUCUGUACAAAUAUAAUAUUAACAACUUCACAGUAAAACAAACUUGAAUCAUGUUUCUUUUCAUUAUAUCUCAUCAAAGUUUUCAUCAACAAGGCAUUAAAUUGUAAACUUUGUCAGUUUGAUCUCAUUCUAAUGAUUAUAUUAAACCUUAAUAUUAUAUAUAUAGAUUAGUGUUUUUGUGAUUUCAGAGCUUGGUCUGUACCAGCUAGUCAUGCGCUUAUUAUGGUUAAACCUUGUUUUAGGAGGUUAUAAGGAAGUAUAAUACAUUUUUUUAAGAUAUGUUUCUUUAAUAGACUUCAGAUGUCUUCAUCUGUAACUUAUUUUUUUAAUACAUAGUUGAAAAUGACUGCCAAGAAGAACUGGAUAAAAGGAAAGUUAACAUUGAGACUUAAAAAGAAAGAUGUAAUUUUCAUUAGUGGCUGACCAGCCAAAAUGUGUGUAAGUUACUGCAGAAGAAUAUUUGUCCCCGUAUUGUCAGUAUUAUGGUGGCAUCUUACAAUGAGUGUCUUUCAGUGUAAAGAAAUAAAUUCUGUGAUCAAUGUUAAAGUACAUUCUAAUUGCACACACAAAAUUACAUUACACACCCACACUCACAAUAAACAGCAUCAUACAUUCAUACAUGCAAACACAUUCACACACAGUUAUAUGGGCACAAGCACAAACAGACUAUCAUGCACACAAUAAUGUUAAACUUAAGUUCAUACAGACAAAUGAUGCACAUAAGGUGUAUUCUUGGUAUGAUAGACUAUACAACAACCUGUACCUCCUACAGUAACUAAGGGUACUCUCAAUUUAUUAUCAUUAUCACGUGUAAGAAAAGUUUUAUCCAAAAAAUGUUAUCUGAGGGUAAUGUUUCUUUUAGCAAAUAUGUUUGCAAUCAAACUGAAAUGUGGUGGUCAAAACAAGGCUUUAAGUUUCAAUUUGUAUUCUGGUCCAAUCAAUAAUUUGGCAUUUUCCUUUUCAAAUGUUUUACGUACUCUAAGACCCCACCUGCAUUGUGAUAUAUACUUAUAGUAAUGUUGGUAUAUGAUGUGAUGAGAUGAAUAUAAUCCUCUGGAAAAAGCCAUCUGUGUAUCAAAUCUUAAUACAUAUUGCAUAAUCAUUCCAUUAAAAAUAGUUGAAUAUGACUAAAUGUAGAAUAAGAGUAAGAUAAGGCAAUACUAUAAAUGAUAUACCAUUAUGACUCAGGAAUAUCAUAUAUAUGUACAAAUUGACCUGUUAACCUAUGGAGUGAAGGUUGACUUAUCUGAGUUUGAAGGAAGAUUUUACUCAAGGGAGUUGAACAAAUAUCUAGAAUACAUUUAGCUUUUAUGUCUGUGUUUGUCAUAUACAGAAAAGCUGUGUUUAGCCAACUACGUAAAAAAAUAUGCCUUACACAUUUUAACAUUUAACUUAUUGCCCUUAAAUUUAUCAUUUACUGUGAUCAAAAUAAUAAAGUAAUUUAUGUUGAAAUUUGUUAAUUCUGUAAACUUCAGUUGGAAGCUGUGGACAUGGGUCUACCUAAUAUUUAUGGUAGUUGAUAAUAUUGCAUUUUCAAACUGAAAAUCUUCUCAUAUGCGGCACUAUUAUAGUCUUUCAAUUUUCCUAAUGUGAAGAAUAGGCUGCAUAAGAAGACAGUAGAAAAAGAAAGUUAAAGAUGGACAGAACAUGGUAUAUUGGUGAUCAUGUCAUGGGCUUCAUAUAUAGAAAUAUCUGCUUUACUCAAGAGUAAGCAAACCAAUAGUUUCAAAUGUAUCACCACUCAUCUAUAAAUGUUGAUAUCACCAUUUAUUUGUAAUUAUGAUUAUUUUCUCAAGAUAUUCUGGAAUGAUAGCACUGACAUCUACAUUAGACCCUUAACACCCAGUAUUAAGAACUGAUAUCAACUUCCACAUAAAUCUUUGCUCCCACCUCUGCAUUGCUAACCUAACCAGGUAGUGAUUGAUUUGGUUGUGACAUUGAAAAAUCGAAAACAUUUUAAAGUGGCAAAAGAGAAUAACAACAAAAAAUAGAAUACCCAACAAGACUGCAAAGUGCAACAAAAAUCAUUGAGCUUACAGAGUGAUGUUUUUGUUUCAAAUUUUUAAUAACAUAACAAGAUAUGGCUACGUCUUUGGAACUUAGUAGUGAAAAUAAAUUUGUCUUUCAACAACUGAAUAUUUUUUGUGAAUGUAGAAAUUACUCUAGAUGUGGCAUUUCAUUGGUGUUUAUAAAAAGAAUUUACAUAGGUCAUCAAAUGGGAAAUUAAGAAAAACAGAAAUUUGAAAUAUAACUCAUGGUCAUUACAAGAAAUGAAUAUGUAUGAAAAAUAUAAUGAAAAUGUAAUGCUCCUUUAUUAUUUUUAGCAUUUUUAUGAUACACGAUAUCUAUGGCAACUGCCCCAAAAAUCUAAUUUGUGCCAUAUUAACUCCUCUAAAAUCUAUAUCAUGGCUCCAUUAUUUCAUCAACAACCACAAGCUCUGUGUCACCACAUAUCACCCUCAUUAGCAAAUACAAAAAAAAAUUAUUUAAAAAUAUAAAGUGAUACCCUGGUUUUUCAUUAGCACAAAAUAACAGGUAAUACUUCAUGCCAUCCUUCUAGCAUAAGAUAGAGUCAGCAAGCCAUGUACCACAGUGUUGCAUUAUUUGCAAAACUCAUUAGUCAUGUUGCGUACACCUUGAAGUAAGUUUAAUAUGAAAAUUUUCAGCUUCUAAGCUGCUAAUAACGGCUUGUGAGGCAAGUAGACUGCUUUUCCAUGCAUGAGGAGAAUUAUGUUUAUGGGUGGAAGAGUUUCAUGAUGAGCAGGCAAACACAACUCACAGACAAGGCUAUCAUGUUAACAGAUGGAUUAUUUGUGGAUGCUGAACAUGAACUGGGCUAAAGAUAAUUCAACAAGAUUAUAUGAAUGGUGAAAUGGUACUGAAGCAAUUAAGCCAAGUGUAACGUAUGAUUUAAGGCUUCUUUACAUUAAUAUAUGAAGAGAAGCACAGAAUGAUUACUGCUUAUAUCCACGAUGCAGCUACAACUUUACUCCUAAGCUGAGUGUAGGAAUGGGGUGAUAUGGAUCACAAAUAUACAGCUGUUGCUUUACUUUUCAAGGUUUUACUUGGUAGCCACAAGAUAUUAGUUUGUUAAGAAAUGAAUUGCAUUAGUAAUAAGCUCAUUUAUUUAUGAAAGUCUUGGAUUUUAUGGAAUUGGAGUGUGAAUGUACCAUAUAGUGUCAGCAAGGAACAUGAUAGACUGGACAAUCUUGUAGAUACUAAAGACAUAAAAUGUAUAUGCAUUUUUAUCUAUUUUUGUUAUUUUGUUGUACUUUUUGCAUAAAACAGUAGGAUGAUAUAGCUACAGUUAUCUCCUUGUGUUACUGUAUUUAAAGGAACUUGUGUAUUUCACAUAGCAACGCUGAUUCACAAAGAACCUGUGCUUACAUCUUGAUGAAUUAAUUACUUAUCAUGUUCAUAGGUGAAAAUAUUUUACCAGAUCAGGUGCUGAUUUUCACCAUCAUUUUCAAUAGUCAUCAGUUUUAUUUUUUAAAUGAAGGAAAGAAGCAAAUGUUGACAGUUCUGCAUGAUGUGUGAGAAGUGCUUCUAUUGACAAGUGUAUGGCAAUGUUGCAUGGCGAGUUGUGCUUAUCCUGCAAAUGGCAGUUUUCACACUUGAAAUUGUGUGAGAGAUCCUUGGAAGUUUGUAUGUAGAUAAAUCCUACAUAGGCAGUAAUGAAAUUUUUAUUUUUAAGAAAGCUCAUUUUAUAAAAAACAUAGUUUUGAGCAAUGUACAUACAUUAUAUACAAACAUGCUAUACAAUAUUACAUAAAUAUGCCAGAUUUGAAUAUUACAUGAGCAUUAUAAAAUGUAGCUGAGCAAAUGAUGUAUGAGAAAAAAAAUAUUUGCCUAAACUUUGACACUAUAGUCUAAGAUUGUGACUGGUUGCUGCUACAACAUAAGGCACUUUUGUCUCUAGAGAAUGCAUCAGAAGUAAAAAUGAUGUAUAUAUUAUCAGCAAGAGUAUAAUUUUGUUAGCCUAAGCCAAUUUGUAACUGCAGAAGGGGAGGAGAAACACAUAGCUAACUAACCUUUAAGAGGAAGAGUACUAUAAAAUCACAAAUGUAAGUUGGAUGUGGUUGUUUGGUUUCACUUUCUUUAUAACACUAUUACAGUGAUUUCUCUGGUAUUACAGGUGUUGAAAUCUCAGACCUUGAUUUUGGUAACAUCUUUGAGAAAAUAACUUGUUGCUUGGAGCAAAGUUUCCUUUAGUGAUCUUAAUGACCCUUGAUAAGACAACAGGAGAGUGGAAGGAGAAAUGUUACCUUUAAGUUCAGGAAGGAUCACUGGAUAAUGUUAUCUCUAGUUCAGGAAGGAUCACUGGAUAAUGUUACCUUUAAGUUCAGGAUGGAUCACUGGAUAAUGUUAUCUUUAGUUCAGGAAGGAUCACUGGAUAAUGUUAUCUUUAGUUCAGAAAGGAUCACUGGAUAAUGUUAUCUUUAGUUCAGGAAGGAUCACUGGAUAAUGUUAUCUUUAGUUCAGAAAGGAUCACUGGAUAAUGUUAUCUUUAGUUCAGGAAGGAUCACUGGAUAAUCAUUACUGAGACUAAUUUCUGUGUGUAUAACAUAUUUGUGCACGUCUUUCCCUGUGGUGGGACCCAAACAUGUGCACCACAACAAGAAGCUGACCAGUACAAGCUACAUCAAUUCUAAACUUAGACUUUUAUACUAUUACAGUAUAAUUCUUGCAUGUGGAACUAUAAUUUGAUUUUUUUUGCACAAAACCAGAACUCAUAGUAUUUUUGUCAACCAAAUUUAUUGCCAAAGAAUAUCUGUUGACUACUGACAUGCUGUAUUGAAAAUAUGUAUGUGUUAUCACUAUAAUAAAUUUUGAAUAUGAAA